AUGGCAGGAUAUGUGCUGAUGCUCUGCUACUUUCUGUUCGGCAAUACGCCACUAUUUGUUUCACAUGUUUAUUUGCAGAUGGGUAUACUGGUGAUUACGGUGGACCUAGAAUGCUGUCGCUGCAGAGCCAAGAUCACCAAGGUCCUGGACUGCCUCAAAGAGGAGUUCUGCAUCGAGAAGGUGGAGUUCGAGGACAAGAAGGAGAAGAAGGUGGUGGUGGUGCGCGGGAAAUUUGACGCCGAGAAGCUCUGCAAGAAGGUCUGGUGCAAGGCCGGGAAGGUCGUGAAGGACAUCGUCAUCGCGGAGGUGUGGCCAAUGCCACCGCCACCCAAGCCAUGCACUCCUUGCAAACCAAAGCCAGAGGAAUCCAAGCCCAAGGCUGAGGAUCCCAAGCCUGAGAAAUGCUGUGUCUGUGACCACUGCAAGCCCAAGCCUGAGAAAUGCUGUGUCUGUGACCACUGCAAGCCCAAGCCUAAGCCUGAGGAAAAGCCUAAGCCGGAGCCGCCCAAGACAGAGUACAAGUUCGUGCCGUACCCGUACCCGGUGCCAAACCCCGUGAUGUGCCAGAGAUGGCCAUGGCAGUGCCCUCCUCACCAGCAGUGCCAGUGCUGCGAGAAGCAGCAGCCUCCUCCUCCUCCUCCUCCUCCUCCUCCGCCGCCGCCGCCGCAGCGGCCAACGUGCAGCUGUUCGAGCCACGCCAACUGUGGCUGCGGCCAGACACCACCGGCCUGGCCACCGCAGCCGCCGGUCUGGCCGCCCCCGUGGGCCGGCUGCAAUGUCGUCACCGAUGAGAACUCCUGCUCUGUCAUGUGA